AUGCCGGAAUUAGUGAAGAAAAUGGUUAAGACUAGACACUACCUUCUAUUCAAUCCGUAUUUAAAUUUCAAAGAUCUUCCGCUAGUCAAAAGUGCAUAAUUUUUCCGAUUUACCGAGAAUUUUAAAGUUACAGAUGAAGGCUGUUACUUUUGUAGCAAGCAAGCAGCACUAUCAGAGUACACCCACACUCACGAGCCCGAAAAAAGUAAUCGGCACUUUCCGAGCAGAAAAAAACGUUAUAAUUAUAGAUAUUGUGACCAUAGACAAAGAGUCAGCCAUUCUCAAGAACACUUGGAAAUUAUCAUCUCCAUUUAGGAAUAUAGUACCCGGUCAAAGACUCAUUCUCAUGGUUUGUCCCUGAUCAAUCAACGAUUUCAGUUUCAAGUUUAAGAUAGACGAACCGGGUACGGAAACUGGUAACGUGUCAUCUUUGGCAAUAAAAACCAUUUCCAACCAACUCAUGUUGCCUCUGGCGAAAGGCAAGAACUGCUUCGAGAUUAGCUUGUUCGCAGGGACUGUUCUCAAAAGGAGAAAGACAGGAAAUUUCAGGAAUUGUACGUACAGUUGAUGAGAAUCUCAGAUCUCUCGUUUAACUGUAUCUUUUCAGUCAGUUUCCACGUCAAACACAACUCGGACAAAACGAUUGUUUACAAUCUUUCGGGGACUGAUAAUCAGACCAUGUGGGUAGUUCUACCUGAAAGAUCUGAAGUCAAAUCGUUCUGGAAAAUGUGAGUUCUCAAGUAGUCGAAAUAUGACUGAUUCCAAUCUUUUUAUUUACAGGCCUCCAUCAGCAUGGUGA